AGUCAACGUUAGGCAACGGAAUCGUAAGCACUUGUCUUAAAAUCCGAUAACGUUAAUUUAUAGCGGUUGUGUACGGUCGUUAACGUACGAUAGAUUGUGAAUGGUAUUUAUAUACAUCUAAGCACAUUCUUUGCAAGUCGAACGUUACAAAACUUUUUUUUUACAAAGUGAAUGGCAAUUUAGAGAUUAAAUUCUUUGAAAAUUUGUCGCAAAUCGUAGCGAUUAAGUUUGAUUCGAUCUUUGAUAAUGGUUUUGCUUGUGUUUGUGAGAUGAUUUUGAUAAUAUGAAAAACUGAUUCAGGAUGUGAAGGCAAAAAAAAAGUUUUGAAAUUAUUAUUUUUCGAUUCAUUAAAACUUUCUUUCGAUGGGAUGUAAUGUUGGAUAACUACACACAUAUAUACCUUUACUGCAUUAACGAAUCAUAAAGUGAACAAAGGUUUGGAAACGAGUGAAUUUUGUGUGUGGAAAUGUAUCUAUAAACAACUUUUGAUUCAUACCAACCGAAUGUGCAAUUUAAUUUUUGCAGUGAUACAAAGCCUAUAUUAAACCACCUACGCUAUAUAGCAUCAUAUUGAAUAAAAAAAAUCUCCAACCAAAACCAUAGCAAUGGUAAUUUAAUACUUCUUCGAGUCUCCAAUCUCUCUUCAUUCAACUGAACAAGAACAUGAACCGGUUGGUUUUGCACAAAUAAAAUUAAAAAUUCCGACCUAAAAAACGACCACUUAGAAAAGAAACAUCGCGAUGAAAACUUGGAAAGAAAUAACAACACUAACAACAUCAAUGAUAAUAAUUCUCAAAAGCACAUAAAAUGUGAUGAAAAAUUGUGCUUUUUGCGACUGAAAAUCGGUCUUCACAAUAUUAACGACAAGAAACAUCAUUAUGACACAAGCGAACAACAGUUUCAGUGGUCUACGAAUUCAUUGCUCAAGAAAAAAUCUAAGUGCAACAACGUUUUCAAAUUUAUGAAGGACCUAUUAAAAAGGAAAUUAGCCAAUUCAGUGGAGGAGGCAAGAUAUAUUGAGAUUCCCGCCAAUAUCAAAGUAAUAAAUAACAAUCUCAACAACAGCAGCAAUACCGCCGAUAAUCACGUUAAUAAAUUCCACGUCAUGCAAGACGUUCGGAUAAGGGUUGAACAACAACAACAAAAUCGAUCCAAUCAUGGCUCCCCAAAUCAUCAACAUCAUCAGCACAAUCAGCAACAGCGGCCGGUGCAUCUGUUUCCCAAACAAAAUUUAAAUUGCGAAAAUAAUGUUCAAAAUAAUAUUCCAUCGAGAUCGCCUAGUUCCGAAGAGGAUAAUUCACCCACCGAAAUGAAUAAUUGUAGAAGAUUAAUAGACAAGCCACCAUUGGUAAAACGACUAACCAUGGGUUUGCUCCGUUCCACCGAAGACAGUCGUCCUCUAGUCCACAACACCCCAUCACCCACGUCUGGGUCAACACAAACAAUAUCCGAUGGAUAUGUAAACGAAGGCAUCUGUGAUCCUGAUAAAAUUAUUUCCAGUAAAUUUGGCGAUUCGUGUCGAAAGUCUCUUACCUCCGUGAUGGACAAAGGAUGUGUAGACACGUGCGAGUUUGACUUGAAGAAAAACUUUUUGCGUGAAACGAGCAGUGCCAACUCUAGCCCAAAAAUAUUUGGACCAUCUCUUCGAUUGGAUGGACUCAGUUUGAUCGAACAACAUGAACUCAAAGGAGCACCAUGGUUCCAAGCCGGUCUGCCUCGGGAAAUUUCCUUAGAAGUCCUAUCACGACAGACUCCCGGCGCAUUUCUGGUACGACAGAGUAGCACAAAACCUGGAUGUUUCGCACUAUCACUACGUGUUCCGCCACCAGCACCAAAAGUAGCACAUUAUUUAAUACUAAAAACGCCUCGUGGAUAUAAGAUAAAGGGUUUCACAAAAGAAUUUACGUCGCUACGUGCUUUAAUAACUCAUCAUUCCGUGAUGCCGGAACUGUUGCCCGUACCAUUGGCACUGCCACGGCCGCACAACAUCAUACCACAGCGGCGUCAUUUGGACGAUUUUGAUUCGUACGGUUCAUUGAAUGAUUUUAGAAAAAUGAUGUCGGAUUUGAAUGUUUAACAUUGGGAAUCGUACGCAUAUAAAUGAUUGUGUGUGUUUGUAAAUAAAAAGUAAUGAAAAUUUUUUUGAUGAUGAUGGUGACGAUGUCGUCGUCGCCAAUCGCUGAGGGGAAGAAACGAUAUUUUUGUACAUAAAUUAAGUAAACUAUUUAUGAUAUAAAUAACAAACUCAAUAAUAAUAAAAUUAUUUAAAAGAAAAUGUAACUGAAGAAAAUGAAUGAAAGAAUUGUUAGCAUUUUUUUCCCCUGUUUUUUCUAAAUAAAAAAGAAGUGUUGAAGAUAUCAAUAUAAACUUCCAUAUUAUAAAUAUAUAUCGAACGAU